AUGGCUCGCGUCGCUUUCUUCUCCCUCGUUUCUGUGCCACUGCUCUUCAACCAGACAAUCGCUCAACAAAAAGCUGCUACUCCAGAAGCGCAAAAAUUGGACUGCCUGGAGGCGAUGAACGGGCUGAGGACGGCCGCAGGGCUUGCUGAAUUUAAAGAAGCGUCAAUAGCCACGCAAGUUCUGCCGGAAAAAACUGUUGAAAGGGCUACGGAUUCCGAUGAGACUACUCAAGCCGGGAAGCUCACUGGCACAUUUGCUUACUACCCUGUUGCUGACGGCAAGAAGGACUGCAACGCUGCAGUCGAGUACUGGAAGGCCGGGUUCUCCCUCUUCAAAAAUGAGCUUCCCCCAGAAUUUACAGAGACCAACAAAACUGCUGUUUACAGUGACAAAGCUGUGUCAUUUGUCGCCCUGUACAACCCGAAACCCAACCCUGUUGUCAGCUGCGUGCUUCUCCAGUGUCCUACUGCGACUGUCCCA